CUGCUUGUGACCGAGCAAGCAGCUUUGCCCUAGUGAAGAGCAAAGAUUUUUUCAGAGCUUAGCAUUCUGAAGUCUCAGGAAGCUGGCCCAUCUAAACGUGCAUGGCUGAUGAGAAAGGCAUAUAAGAAGCCAUGGCACUCCCCUUUCAGAAAGAGCUGGAGAAAUACAAGAACAUCGAUGAAGACGAGCUUCUCGGCAAACUCUCAGAAGAGGAACUGAAACAGCUGGAAAAUGUUCUGGAUGACCUGGAUCCCGAGAGUGCGAUGCUGCCGGCUGGGUUCCGACAGAAAGACCAGACGCAGAAAGCUGCCACUGGCCCGUUCGACCGCGAGCACCUCCUCAUGUACCUGGAGAAGGAAGCUUUGGAGCAGAAAGACAGAGAGGACUUUGUGCCCUUCACUGGGGAAAAGAAAGGAAGAGUCUUUAUCCCCAAAGAAAAGCCUGUAGAAACUCGUAAAGAAGAAAAAGUGACUCUUGAUCCAGAACUGGAAGAAGCUUUGGCCAGCGCGUCUGACACUGAACUCUACGAUCUUGCAGCUGUCCUCGGAGUACACAAUUUGCUCAACAAUCCAAAGUUUGAUGAAGAAACAGCCAAUAAUAAAGGUGGCAAAGGACCUGUAAGAAAUGUGGUCAAAGGUGAAAAGGUCAAGCCAGUAUUUGAGGAGCCACCUAAUCCCACAAAUGUGGAAAUAAGUCUGCAGCAGAUGAAAACCAACGAUCCCAGCCUGCAAGAAGUCAACCUCAACAACAUUAAGAACAUUCCAAUUCCAACCCUGAAGGAAUUUGCAAAAGCUCUGGAGACCAACACACAUGUAAAGAAGUUCAGCUUGGCUGCAACCCGCAGUAAUGACCCUGUAGCCAUUGCUUUUGCAGAUAUGCUGAAAGUAAACAAGACCUUGAAAAGUCUAAACAUAGAGUCCAACUUUAUCACUGGAACUGGGAUUCUGGCCCUGGUUGAGGCCCUGAGAGAAAAUGACACCUUGACGGAGAUUAAGAUCGACAACCAGAGGCAACAGCUGGGAACCGCUGUGGAGAUGGAAAUUGCCCAGAUGCUGGAAGAGAACUCAAGGAUUCUCAAGUUUGGUUACCAGUUUACCAAGCAAGGGCCACGAACAAGGGUGGCAGCUGCCAUCACAAAGAAUAAUGACCUGGUUCGUAAGAAAAGAGUUGAAGGAGACCAAUGGUAAACUUUCACAGGAAGAGGUGAAGUUUCCCCACGGCAGCCACUGAAACACAGACAGAAGCCCUUCUUCUUCACCGGGACCAUCGUAUCAAAGGUUGUCCAUUUCCGUUAACCACACGACCAAUUAUUUAAUUGCUCUUCUUUCUUAGCACUACUUAUUUAUCUUGGAUUUUAAAAUAUAUAUAGUUGUUUUAUUUACUUGUGGGCACUUCUGGCAACUUGCACAAAUGGUCUGAAGCAGGUUUGAGGCAGUGAUAGCGAUCAAAGUGAUUUUAAUCCCUUUCUUACUGGCUUGUCUUGCUUUCUAACAUGAACUUUUUUUUUUUAAUCACUGAAAGCAAUUUAGUAUAGCAUAUGUGUUUGUAACUGUGAUUAUAGUAGAGGCCUACCUCUGUUUACAUGCAUAGCUUUGAGUUAGGCUGAAUUCAUCGUGUUCUGCCGACCACACGAGAAGUUAGUAUUGCCAAUCUUUCACUGGGUAAGCAAAUGGGACCGAGGUAGCACAAAUUCUCCCUGAGCUCCAAAACAAUCGCUAACUGUACAUGCCCUACCGAUUGGAGAUCUGUGUUGUCUUCAGAAAACAAGACAACAUUAUGACACUGUAACACAGCCUUAGCAAAUAAAUAGAAAAUAUUUAUUAGCCCAUGAACAUAGUGUCUAGCCAGACUCACAGGAGCGAAAUGCACGAGCACACUGACCGUUCAACUUAAACUGGAUCUUCAGCACGAUUCUAAUGGAUAACUAUUUACAGAGCUGUUUUGAAGUUUUCCAGACAUGACAGAGAAUUUUACAUUUUUCUAAGAGGAAGGCUUUUAAAACAGUACAUCCCUAAACAAAACAAGAAUUAAUCGUCCAUUGGUUUCGGUUGUCUGAUACACACGAUUGCCUCUGUUUGGCAAAGUGUAGAAGCAUUGCUUGCUUUACUGUUAGUGUACCGUGAUUACAGGAUGAAAUGUGAACAUUCCAGUUAAUUACAGAGAUUUCUCCCCGCACAGCACCAUCCAUCCAGACAUUUGCAAACAUCAGGGAAAGUGUGCGUAUCAUCACCAUGCAGAUGUUGGUCACCGAGACCAAAGCCUGUGGAAGUAGAACCGAGGUGAAGCUGUGUUGUAGGGUGCGUUCAUCUCUCAAUGCAGCAGUGCAGCGGUGGCCCGAUAAACCGAGAAACAGGUGCCUGCGGCCUUCGGCUGGAGCCCUGCCGACUGCUUGGGCCUCUGCCGACUGCCAGCGCCCUGUGAUUGGCAGGGAGCACUCAGACGCUGCCUGCACUGCCUCUCCCUCUCUGCCUCCCAUCCCCCUCCCUUCCUUCCACCUCAUUCUCUGUGGUUCUCAGCCUCUGAUUGAAAACAUCCUGGUGCUAGUGACUCUUAGAGCUGAAGAGAUGGCCAAGCCAGGCUCCUGCUUGAGAGUCUAAUCCUCAGUUGGUUUAGUAACCGAGUGUUCCUGAGUUGCUUGGUAACAGUAAAACAAGUUAAUGGGAAAAUAAUGACUCUAUUAUUCGGUUUAGCUUGUAAAGCACAUGGAAUCUGUUUAGGGUAGCCCUUAUAAAAUUAGACAUGUAUCUGUAUUGUAAGUACCCACAUCUGUGUCUCUAACGUCCUCGGAGACAUCUCAUUUUCUUGACAAUUUCUUUUAUAUUGUUUGGGAGCACAAGCAGCAGAACGUUCUGACAUUUUUGGAGGUCUAAAAGUCCUUUAACUCAUUUACUAUCAUAUCUCCCUAGCACUCUAGACAAACAUAGUAAAUACUAUUUGUUGGUGUUCUGGGUUUCUUUUUCCUUCCCUCUCACCCAUUUAGGUGUGGUAUAUUGGAGCCAAUUAGAACAGACAUGCUGAUUGUUAGAUUUUCAAAAAUUUUGCAAACUGGUUGCUUAACAGAGCCAUUAUUAAAAAUUAAAUAGCACACACCAUUUAA